AUGGAUGACAGCAACAGAACCUUCAUCAGGAAUGUGAAGGGCCCAGUGCGAGAGGGAGACGUCCUCACCCUGCUGGAGUCUGAGAGAGAGGCCAGGAGGUUCCUGAAGCCGCAACUGUGGAGCAGAAGUCUUCGGUCGCAGUGCUCGUUUGAGCACAGAAACCAAAAGCUUAUUGUUUACAACCAUCUACUUCACCGUAACGUCCUCCUUCCUGCCUGCCCGCGCCUGCUAGUACGAGCCGUACGAGCAGUGAACGACUCACUGUGGUUCUGGAUCAGCCCCUUCCCGCUCCCCUUCGAGUCGUUCAGCUCUGAACGAAUCGUUCAUCUGAUCUGA